AAGAGGGGCGUUUUUUAUCUUAGCCUGAAAAUUAGCUCGCUAAACCGUUUAGCGAGCUACGACGAAUAUCCCCCAGAGGCAGAGGUGUUACUGUGGCAUGUCAAUUUGUUUGUGUUUGAACAGGACGAUAUCCGCUGUGUGAGGAAGGAUACAGAGAAGACGGGGGCAGAGAAGAGAAACCUUACCACCAAGAUCGAGGAGCUCAGUCUGUUCAAUGACACCUCGGACAAAGAGCUCAAGAAGCUCCGACUCAAGAAGCAGGACACCAUGGUGGAUGACAACAUCCUGAAGCUGGAGAUCAAGCGGCUUAGGGACAUGCUGUAUGACAAGGCCGACGGGGUUCUAUCCCUGGAGAAGCGCCGGCUCCAGCUGCAGACAGCCAUGAGCGAGCGUGAGGAGGAGAUCAGGGUCCACCGCGAGAUGCUCACAAAGCAGCUCAGGAUCACUGACCAGGAGCGCCAGACUCUCAGUGCUGACGUGCAUGAGAAGAUGUCCAAAAUCGACAAGAUGAGGAAGAGGUAUGAAAUAUUUACCAUGUCAGGCCCUGAAGGGGAUGAGAAGUCACAGGCCUACUAUGUCAUUAAGGCAGGUCAAGAAAAAGAGGAGCUUCAGCGCCAGGGCGAUAGCCUCGAUGCCAAAAUCCGCAAGACUGAGAAAGAGAUCCACGCUCUGGAGAACACCCUCCAUGUGGUGAACAGCCGGAAUAACACGUUCCGCAAAUCCCUCAACAAGGUCACUGAGUCCAGUGAAGAGUACCAAGAGAAACUAAAGCUGGAAGUACAAAAGAGAGCAGCAGAGGACAAGUACAGAAUCAAGAGACGCCAAAUCAAGGAACUCCAGGAGGACAUUCAGAGCAUGAACAGUACCCUCGACACUCUUCUGCAAGAAGGGGCGGAGCAGAAUGGGAGGACAGAGGAGACUCAGUCACGCAUAAUCUCCCUCAACAGAGAGCUGGCAUCUCAGAAAGAGAAACUUGAUCGGGCCUACAAACAGUGUUCAAAGCUCAAAAAAGAGAUCCGCUCGGCCAAACAGACCACAGAGGUGACGUUUGAAGAACGGGACAUCCAUCUCAGAGAGCUGAAAAACUUGAACAAGACGGUCAACAACAUGCUCCUGGAGGCCAUGGAGAAGAACCCUGACCUGGAAUCAGCUCUGCUGAAGUACUUCACUCAGGCGAGUCUGCUCCUACCUUCCCCUCGAUCUACUCCAGGCAGCCGGCAGGGCUCCAAGGCCAGCUCAGCCCGCAGCUCUGUCUCCCUGAGGUCCUCGGGCUCCUCAUCCAGCAGCAGCCCUCGGGGCUCGGCCCUGCAGUCUCCCCCAGCCAAGACCCUGGAGCUGGGCCUGGGUCUGUCUGUGACCUCCUCUCCUCUGGCUACAACCUCCCCACGAAGUUCCCGACCAUCCAGCAGCAGUAGCAUCAACAACAGAGGCGGGAUUGCAAAGCGCAAGAGCCCUUAGACAGGGACUCCUUUAGCUUAUGUUACACAAGGUUGUACACUGCCCACAGUAAAUUAAUGCAGUGUCUACAAGGAGUUUGAGUUUUAUAUAGAACAUAAUAAAAUAAUAUUGUUUAAGAUGAAAUGUAAUUAUUUUAAAUAAACAAAUUAAAAAAGCUA